GCGAAUUCAAAGGUUCUGGAAUAUGAGAAGCUUCUCCAGGAGAAAACUGAGGAGAUUGCUAGACUGAAGAACGCAGCCGCCGAAACUUCAGCCAACGAGGAGAUGCAGGAUCAGAUUGACAAGCUCACGCAAGAACUUGAGGAGCAGAAGAAGACUCAUGCCUUGGAAGCUCAUCGGGUGAAUUCAAAGCUUCUGGAAUCUGAGCAGCUUCUCCAGAAAAAAAAUGAAGAGCUAAAUAUUAUGAACGCGGAGGCAAAUUCGAAGUUUCUGGAUUAUGAGAAGAUUCUCCAGGACAAAUAUGAGAGGGUUGCUAAACUGGAGAACGCAUCCGCCGAAACGUCUGCAGCCAACGAGGAGAUGCAGGAUCAGAUUGACAAGCUCACGCAAGAAAUUGAGGAGCAGAAGAAGACUCACGCCUUGGAAGCUCAUCGGGUGAAUUCAAAGCUUCUGGAAUCUGAGAAGCUUCUCCAGAAAAAAAUUGACGAGCUAAAUACUCUGAACACGGAGUGUUCUAAACUGAAGACAGCAGCCGCCGAAAUGUCGGCAACCAACAAGAAGAUGCAGGAUCAGAUUGACAAGCUCACGGAUGCGACCGAUCGACUGUCUAAGGAGUUAGUUUCGAGGAGGGACGAAGUCGAACAGAAGGAAUCCGAGCUAAAGAAUCUGAAGGGGCUAUCACAAACCGAUUGCGAGCUUAAGGCAGAGAUUGCAAGAUUGAAGAGCGAUUUGGCUGACAGGAACCAGGUUGUCGGUAAUAAGGAUCGCCAGCUGCUAGAGAUGGAAAAGAACAUGAAGGCUCAGCUGCAAGAGAUGGAAAAGAACAUGAAGGCUCAGCUGCUAGAGAUGGAAAAGAAGAUGAAGGCUCUCCAUAACCGGCUAUUGUUGCUGCAAGGGAACAUAAGGGUGUUUUGCCGUGUUCGCCCCCUCAGUGCGAAGGAAGGAGAAAGGAGUUCUGGUGCUAUGGCUGUGCGGAUUCCUGAGAACAACAUUGACAACAGGAUUGCUGUUCAGGGGCAUGAAGGAGAUUUUAAAUUCGACAAGGUUUUUUCGCCUGGUACUACUCAAACGGUUGUGUUUAAAGAGAUUGCAGACCUGGUUACUAGUGCAUUGGAUGGCUACAAGACCGGUUCAGGCAAGACUUUCACUAUGUUUGGGGACAACACCGACGAGACUCUCCGUGGAGUCAUUCCACGUUCGAUGCAUCAGAUUUUUCAAGUCAUCCGUGAAAAGUUCACCACUGGAUGGGAAUACACCAUCCAGGUGCGUUCACGCCUCUGUUGUUCUUGGUGGUUCUGUGCAAACUGCAGCAACUGA